AAGCUUCAGCUCGAUGAUGCCUUCAGGAAGGAAACGACGCCUGUGGCGUCACCAUCACCGACUUCGGCCAUCGUCCAAACACAAGGCUUGCACCAGGAUUUCAUCCCACGAGAAUCCAUCCAACAUCCUGUGCAUCGGCCAGACCACAUUCAAAGCCCCAUAUCUGGCUGCCCAGAUCCAGCGACCAUACAUAGCAGCACUCCACCGUGUGAGCCCUGGCGUACCGACCACUACUGGAGUGCACCACCACUGGAGCCUAGAAGGUGGGCCGCCACCCCACCUCACCAAACCGCGAGAGCAUCCGGGAAAUGUCCCGCUCCUGCUCGUCACCGUCACUGAUCCAAUCCAAUUCGGAGCCAAACCACCAGAUGGCCGGCGCAGUUCCACCUUGGAGAGGGGCACCACCACGCCAUCCGCCGUGGGCUUCCUGAGUUUCACCUGCCGCCAACGACUAAGGCCGCUGCCCUGGGAUCCGGGUCAGACGUCGUCACCGCCACCGACCACGCCUAGCCCCAACCCCAUCCUCUGGCCGAUCUCCACCCGCAUCACCAUGAGCAUCGCCACCGGGAGCCACCGCGCCGUCAUGGACCGAGGCAGACGCCACACCCCGCGGAUCGUGCACCCUUGCCGCCAUUCAACUUGGGAAGGAGGAGAAGCCCUUCGUUGCUGCCAUCAAAUGCACGAGCUUUAACCGUCGCUAUCCCAUGACUGCGAUGGAGGGGGAGGAGGGGAGAAUAAAGAGAGGCUGGCAGCUAAGGUUAGUGCCUCUCGUGUCGCCCGCGAGGGUGGCGAUGCGGGAGGAGGGUUAAAACAAUGGUUGUAGCCAAUAGAGUUAAAACAAUGGUUGUAGCAUCAUGUGAAUAUAUAAAUAAUAAUGUACAAAACAUGCAUUACUAGUUGCAUCCACAUAUGCACAUUACCAUGCUCAACCACAAUCACGUUCACCUACCAAAACAUCAACAAACAUUCAUUAGAAACGGGACUCGCAUAUUUAAGUUGCUUAGUUUCUUAAUAAUACACGUGCAUCCACACAUACGCCACUCGAUGGUUGAUCAUUUUGUUACCAAAAUUUCAGAUCAUUUGCAACUGAAUAUGCAACAGGAUGGUCUCCACCCGCUCCAGCAGCAAGACAUGGUCUUCUCAGCCACAAUUCCACAUGAAACGAUGUCCACCUUAAUAGAACGCAUUGUGGUAUCAUCAAUGUGUUCUUCAGGUGUCAUCAUUAACACCUUCAGCGACCUCGAAGAUGCUGAGCUACAAAAGAUCAUUGAUGGCAUGGGCGUUCCGGUGUAUGCGAUCGGUCCGCUUCACAAGAUAUCUUUAGGUGCCCAGAGCAGCCUGUUGGCUCAAGAUAGAACAUGUUUGGAUUGGUUGGACAAGCAAGAAGUAGGAUCUGUUCUGUUCGUGAGCUUCGGGAGCUUGGCAUCCAUGGAUCAGGAAGAGCUAGUGGAGACUGCAUGGGGCUUGGCCAACAGUCGCAUGCCAUUUCUUUGGGUGAUCCGGCCUGACUCGGUUCAGGGUUCAGGGAAGAUAGGCCUACCUGACGGCUUUGAGGAAGAGGCACAAGAUAGGGGAAUGGUGGUGAGCUGGGCCCCACAACAAGAAGUUCUUGGGCACCAGGCGGUUGGUGGAUUUUGGACCCAUAAUGGCUGGAACUCAACGUUGGAGAGCAUAAGUGAGGGUGUUCCAAUGAUAUGUAGACCACAUUUCGGCGACCAAAUGAUAAAUGCCAGGUAUGUCCAGGAGGUGUGGAAGAUAGGGUUUCGGUUAGAGGGCAAGAUGGACAGGGACAAUAUUCAGAGGAGUGUUAAAAAGUUGUUUUGCCACGACGAAGGUGGAGAGAUGAGGCGAAGGGCAAAUAAUCUCAAAGACAAAGCAACCCGGUGCAUUAUGAAAGGAGGCUCUUCACAAACUGGAAUUGAUUUGUUGGUGAAUUGCAUAAUGACAUUACCUUCUUCCAUUUAGAUAUUACUUAGUUUGGAUGCAUAUAUGUUCCUGUGUGAUAAAUGUAUGACCGCAUAUAUGUUGGAGCUGAAACAAACAUUUGAAACAAUUGUAUUAAUGUAUGACCGCAAGCCACAUUGCGAUA